UGAUUUGGAGGUUCCCUUCAAAAUGGAUGACUCAAAGUUCACAGGAGAUCAAAAAAUUACCCUUCUCUCGGCAUGGGCUUUAAUCAAACCGGAACUGGAUAUCCAUGGACGCAAUCUUUAUCUUCUAUUGUACCGAGAAUAUCCCAGAUUCAAACCGUUCUUCGAUUUUUGCACUGACGGGAUUUGCACCAUCAAACAUGUCAGAGGCCGCGAAAUGGAAGCCCACUCAAUACAGGUGUUCCGGAUCUUGGGCCAGCUAAUCGAGGAAGGACUUAGGGAUUCGGAAAUUUUUGAAAACACCCUGCGAGCGAUUGCCCUGGCCCAUGCCGAUACCGGUGUGACCGGAGCUGACGUGCGGGAAUUCGGCGGGGUCCUGUUGUCCUAUUUGGUUGAUGCUUUGGGCCCCCAGGCAUCAAACUCGCUGACAGUUGCCUUCGAAAAAUUGGUCGAUCUCGUCGGUGAGUCGUUCGAUUUCCUGUACUUGGCCAGAGAGAGAUUGAAUUUUGUGUUGUGAUUAAACCUUCCGAGAAAUGUGCGAAUCUUUUUUUCCUUAUAUUAAAAAAAGAAGGUUUGAAGAAUC